AACACGUCGAUAGAUCAGUUGACGCUCACCUAAGAAUUGAAAAAGACACGAAACCAGCUACGAACUACGAAAAAUUGUGCAUCUGUUGUGGAUUUUUAACCAAAGAAAAAUCUCUACAACUACAACCAAUUGAGAAUAUUUUCAAAAAUUUUCCACAGCUCAAAAAAAAAAAAAGUGAUAGAACUCAUUUACCCCACUCCCACAAAAUAAAAAAAGAAAUUCUUUAAAAAGAAAUUGAAAUUUCCUUACAGCUCAAAUGCUUGUUUGGAACGAUAAUCAAGAUACAAAUUUUAAAUUCAUUUGAACAUUUCUAUUUCACAGAGUGACAAUACUCCUCAAGAUCCCUAAAGUAGAAAGUUUGAAAACAAAAACUCUUUGUGUUUGGUUGCCGCAUAAAGAUAGUACGAACUCAAGGAUUAAAGUGAAAUAAUUGUGUUUUUUUCCUCCAAAGACUUUUAUUUGAUUGUUUUUGUUUUUAUUGGAAAAAAGUGAUUUUUUUUUUAAAAAAAAAGAAACAUUUGCAAUAACUAAAUUUGGUGAUAAUGGUGGUGACUGGCUUGGAAAACAACAACAAUAGUAACGCUAAUCCCUCAGCCGUCAACUCAAACAACAAAGGACGUACAUCAUGGAAUAUCAAAACUCCGACUUUGGCUAAAAACACCAUCAAUCGUAUUCGCAUUAUUGUGGAAUCGCUGAAGAUCAGUCCAAAUCCUGCUAAGCCUAUGAUACCCUUGACCAUUGGUGAUCCCACAACAUUUGGUAAUCUCAAGGCUGCCGAUGAGACUAUGAAAGCAGUUCUACAUGCCAUCGAAAGCGGUAAAUUCAAUGGCUAUGCUCAUACCCAGGGACAUGAGAGUGCCCGCAAAGCUGUUGCCAAAUACUGUGCCCAUCAAAGUUCCGAAGAAAUUAAACCCGAAAAUAUAUGCCUGACCAGUGGCUGUUCCUCGGCUCUGGAAUAUUCAAUAUUGGCUCUGGCCGAAAAAGGCCAAAAUAUUUUAAUACCCCGACCAGGAUUUUGUCUCUAUCAAACAUUGACCGAGGGCAUGGGUAUUGAAGUGCGCUACUAUGAUCUCUUGCCCGAAAAGCAGUGGGAGGCUGACUUGAAGCAAAUGGAAUCGCUGAUUGAUGAAAACACCGCCGCCUUGAUUAUCAACAAUCCCAGUAAUCCCUGUGGCAGUGUUUUCAGUCGCGAGCAUUUGGAGGACAUCUUGGCCAUAUGCGAGAAGUACUAUGUGCCCAUUAUAGCGGAUGAGGUCUAUGAACAUUUUGUAUUUCCCGGUGCCAAACAUUAUGCUGUGAGUGCUUUGUCCAAAAAUGUGCCUGUGUUCUCGUGUGGCGGUCUUACCAAGAGAUUCCUGGUGCCCGGAUGGCGUACAGGCUGGGUCAUUAUACAUGACAGAGAAAAUCGUUUGGCCGAAGCCACUAGAGGUCUAAAGAAUAUGUGUGGCCGCAUUUUGGGCUCCAAUACGCUGGUGCAGGGUGCUCUGCCCGCUAUUUUGGAGAAUACUCCACAAAGCUUCUUCGACAGUGUCAUUGAUAUACUGAGUGAGAAUGCCAAUCUAGCCUGGAGCAUGUUAAAGAAAAUACGCGGUCUUAACCCAGUUAUGCCCACCGGUGCCAUGUACAUGAUGGUUGGCAUCAACAUUGAACAAUUCCCCGAAUUUGCUGAUGACACCCAAUUUGUACAGGAACUGGUCAACCAACAGAGUGUCUUCUGUCUACCCGGCAGCUGCUUUGAAUUACCCAAUUUCGUGCGUCUGGUUUUGACUAUACCCAAGGCUAUGAUUGAGGAGGCCUGCUCUCGCAUUGCCGAAUUCUGUGAGGCCCACUACAAAGUGGACAAUUCCAUAAUCGAAACCAAUCUGUUGGAUGAGAUCUCUUACUAGCAGGCAGCAGGAGAAUGAUCAUGCACCGAGAGACAUUGUUAUAUACGUUUAUGCAUUUAUAGAGAUUAGUUAGUCGUAGUGAUUAAGAUGUACACUUACAAACAUAUAUUAUACAAUUGA